AUGUUCCACGCUCCCGUUGUGCCGCGUGCGAGGAAAAGGUCGAGACCAGCGGACGCCGGUGUUUCCGGGCGCGAGGGGGUGAAGUUUGAGGAUGUCAGACUGUACCUGGUGGAGAGGAAAAUGGGCCGCAGCAGGAGAAGCUUUCUGACCCAGCUGGCCAGGUCAAAGGGCUUUAUUGUGGAGGAUGUCCUCAGCGAUGACAUCACUCAUGUGGUUUCAGAGGACAACCAGGCUUCGUCCCUGUGGAAGUGGCUGAGGGAGUGCGCCUUAAAGAAUCUGCCCAACAUGCACGUGUUGGACAUCAGCUGGUUCACCGACAGCAUGAGGGAGGGGAGACCUGUUGCUGUGGAGACCAGACACCACAUUCAGGAGACGGUGCCCACAUCGCCAGAAGGUUCUACACCCACUGCCCGGGACGUCGUUUCUCAAUACGCCUGCCAGAGACGGACGACCACAGAAAAUAAUAACAAGAUUUUCACAGAUGCUUUUGAAGUGCUUGCGGAGAGCUAUGAAUUCAACGAGAUCGAGGGUCCAUGCCUGGCCUUCAGGAGAGCUGCAUCUGUCCUGAAGAGUCUGUCCUGGGCGGUGCGGUGCCUGGACACCACUCGUUACCUGCCCUGCCUGGGGGAGCACACCAAGGCAGUGAUGGAGGAGAUCCUUCGACAUGGUCGUUCGUUUGAAGUUGAGAAAAUACUGUCUGAUGAAAGGUAUCAGACACUAAAGCUGUUCACAAGUGUGUUUGGGGUUGGACCUAAGACGGCUGACAAGUGGUACCGCGGAGGGCUGCGCUCAUUCAGCGACGUUCUGGGAGACCGCGGCAUUCGUCUGAACCGGAUGCAACAAAGUGGUUUUCUGCAUUAUGGAGACAUCUCCAGGGCUGUCAGUAAAGCAGAGGCCCGAGCCCUGAGGAACAUUAUUGACGAAGCUGUCCAUGCGAUCACACCGGACGCCGUGCUGGCGCUGACAGGUGGCUUUCGCAGGGGGAAGGAGUUUGGUCAUGAUGUAGACUUUAUCGUGACCACACCUGAGCUGGGGAAGGAGAAGAAUCUGCUGCCCAGCAUUAUCAAAAGACUGACGAAGCAACGCAUUCUGCUGUACUGUGACUACCAGGCCUCCACCUUCGAUAUGUCAAAGCUUCCCAGCCACAGGUUUGAGGCCAUGGACCACUUUGCAAAGUGCUUCCUGAUCAUGCGGCUGGAGGGCAGCCAAGUGGAAGGAGGUCUCCACCUGGCCGAGGGGGACGUCAAGGACUGGAGGGCGGUGCGCGUGGACCUGGUGGCGCCACCUAUGGAUCGCUACGCCUUUGCUCUCCUGGGCUGGUCUGGCUCCAGGCAGUUUGAGAGAGACCUGAGGAGGUUCGCGCGACUGGAGCGGAAUAUGCUUUUGGACAACCACGCCCUGUACGACAAAACCAAGAAAGAGUUCCUGGCAGCUACGACCGAAAGGGACAUCUUUGCCCAUCUGGGUCUGGAGUACAUCGAGCCUUGGCAGAGAAAUGCGUAGGCCUCCGCUCCUCGCUGGCUGCAUGAUAUCCUGUGCGUGCAGCAGUGUUUAUCCCAUCUGCUUGCCGUUCUGUGGCUCUCCCGUGAUUCACUUUCAAACAGCUUUUGAUUUCCCGUACAGUUUUGUGUUGUUGUUGCCAUUACCGCUGUUGUCUGCAUUACACGCUGCUCUGUGAUUCAUAAUUUUGCUUAUUGUCUCUAAGUGAGUAAACACUCUCCUAUACCAUU